AUGGCGGCGACGGAACAGAAGAAAGAAAAGAAGGAGAAACCCCUCAAUGAGUAUGUAGACCCGCCCCACCGAUCAGCUCUCAUUUCGACCCUCCCAGCGCAUGGCACUGCAAUUCGCAAGUCGCACUGCGCAAAACCGACCCAUCAUUCCAUCCUUAACCUUCCAUCACUAACACACCCAUCCAGACUCCUAACCCACAGCAUAGUCGACAUCUACGUCGGGCCCGAGUCAACGCACUGGCCCAUCCACGAAAAGCUGCUCUGCUACCACUCCCCGUUCUUCGCCUCAAUCUUCUACAACGACAAAGACAAGAAAUCAAAUUCUCGAUCCAGCUCCUCCAAGUCCUACGGCCUCCCCGAUGACGACGACCACCCCUUCGAACUGCUGGUCGGCUGGCUCUACUCACGCGCGAUCCGCGAACCCAAGGAAGAAAAGGACCUCGGAUCGCUCCUGGACCUGUACCUACUGGCGGAUAAAUUCGAGAUGGCGAAACUGGCCGACGAUGUGGUCAGCGUGGUGCGCGACUUCUACCACAGCACGGGCACGUAUCCCGGUCUGAGGCGGGUGCAGUAUAUCUACUCCAACACCGACGACGACAACGUGAUGCGCGAGAUGAUGGUCGGCAGCAUCGCGCGCUACCUGGCGCUUGGAGACACGAUCCCGAACCACUGGGCCAAGGCGCUGAGGCGGAACGGCCAGCUCGCGUUGGAUAUCAUCCGCAGUGUUCAAGAGUGGCAUCUGGAGCCGCGCGUGGUCCCCGACCCGAGGGAUCCCAGUGCGGACAGAGGACGGUUGGGGAAUGGUGCCUUUUCGGCGGUGGAGGAUGAGCGGCCGCGGAGUCAGGGCACCGAUGGAGAUAACACAACAGCAUCAGCGCAGACCGGCACAGAUGGAGCGGAUACGGCGCCCACGAGCGCGGAUGAAGGGGAGAGCGAGCGGGAGAAGGAGGAUAAACCUUCUCAGUAA